CCGAACUGGACCCCACCUUGUUGCUGCAAAACCUAAAAAGGAAUAAUAAGGGAUAAGACAUCAUUCACCAGUCAUCAGUUCAGGACUGGGAUACAGACACGACACGAACAUGAUGAUGGCCUCCAAAUCAAAUUCCAUAACAUUUGGAAUUGGUUCUUUCACAACUUGCCCUCUCUCUGGAACUAGAACCUGCUGCAUUCACGUUCUUCCCAAUCCAAAUGCAAAAUCCAGAGCCAGAGACAUAUUUUCUCUCAGUCUGUCCAAGAGGAGGAGCUUAGGUAUUCUUUCUAGUCCCACCGUGACAACUCUCAGACAUCUCAAUACACCAAUUUCAGCUGUUAAUUCAGGUUUAGAAGCAUCAAUUACAGAUUCCAACGAUAUUUCAGCCAUCUUAACAAAUGCCAAAAUAGUUGUAGAUUCCGAAGAUGAAAAUAAGAUACAAUUAAGAGUGGACUUGACUGGUGAUCAAACACAAAAGGUAUUCGACAGGAUCCUAACAAACUUAGGUCGUACUGCCCCACCAGUUCCUGGAUUUCGCAUGCAAAAAGGAGGAAAAUCAUCAAAGAUCCCAAAGGAUUUCCUUGUACAGAUGCUUGGGGAAGAACGUGUCACCAAGUUUGCAAUACAAGAAAUACUCAACUCUACCAUGGGUGAUUAUGCAAAAAAGGAAAACUUGGAUGUAAAGGACCGCAAAAUAAGCACCACCCAAACGGCAGAACAACUAAAAAAAUCAUUCACGCCAGGAAAUGAAUUUGGCUUCAAUGUUAUAAUUGAGCCUGAAAAAUCAUAACAUUCUAGACAACUUGUUAUGGGGGAUCUAGUUGCUGGGCGUAACCAGAAUGACAGUUAAUGGGGGAACAAGGUUUCUCUCUCUCUCUCUCUCUAACUCAAUGAUAUACAGCUUAAAGAGUUAUUUUAAUGAUCAGUUUGGUGUACUAAAAAAAAUGAGCUGCAAAUUUCUAUUAUGAGCCUUGCAGGAAAAGAUAAUCUCAUAUUUAGAUUUUUCAUCCUGACUUUAAAGGGAUACCAAACUGACUCGAGUUAUAUAUAGCUGCCUUCUAGUGUUAUAUAUUACAGACUAUGAAUCUCAUUUAUAGCCUUUUAAUUGGUGACUUGUCAAUGACAAACUUAGAUUUUUUAUGUC